AUCAACAUGGACAAAAGUACUAAACUUUGGUUUUUUUUCUUUUUAGUUGGUUGGUAUUAAAUUCUCAAGAAGCCAAUCAUACGUCAAACAGGUACUAGAACUAGGGGGUAUUAUGGUCAUUCAGUUUGGUUGACCAGACUAAAAACAUAACCUAGGUUUUGUGGUCUUCACUUCAUAAUGUUUUGGCUUCGACCAAGUCGUGAAACCACGACGCGGGUUGGGUUUGAAAAAUAGGAAGAUAAGUACAGAUAGUAGUAAAUUACAUAGGUAAAAGGGAGACAAGGUCUGCGUUUCUUCUUGCUUUCUGUAUUUAAGGACUUCCUCUGACACAAUAACUUUCAUUAUUUGACAUUCAUCUUCUUCACUCUUCGUUUAAGAAACAUCAUACAAACCCAAAACUCCUAAUAAAAUUUUAAAAACUCUCCAGAGAUUAGAUAUAAAGAUGGCUGUGGGGAUCCUUGAGGUUAACCUGAUCAGUGGCAAAGGUCUCAAACGAUCUGAUUUUCUUGGUAAGAUAGAUCCUUAUGUUGAGAUCCAAUACAAAGGACAAACUCGCAAAAGCAGCGUUGUUAAAGAUGGAGGUAGAAACCCGACAUGGAAUGAGAAACUGAAAUGGAGAGUAGAGUUUCCUGGCUUCGACACCGACUACAAACUCAUCAUCAAAGUCAUGGACCAUGAUACUUUCUCCGCCGACGAUUUUAUCGGUGAAGCUACGGUAUAUGUGAAAGAGCUACUUGAAAUGGGAGUAGAGAACGGCAAGAUGGAGCUAAGACCGACCAAGUACAACGUUGUUGACUCUGAUCUCUCCUUUGUCGGAGAGAUUACCAUUGGACUUUCUUACUCUGUUGUGCAAGAAAACGGAAUGGAAGGAGAAGAGUUUGGUGGAUGGAAGCAUAGCCAGUUUUAAUCAGUUUCAUCUUCUAUAUAAAUUGCAUGAUUCUAUUUUUCAGGUGUUACCUUUAGUGUCAACAAUAUCAUUAAGCUUAUUCACAAGUUCAAAAUCAAAAAAAAAAGUUAUCAAAAAAUCAAUUAACAUCUAUUGUAUCUUUAUUUGUUGUUAGCUUGUAUUGUUUGAUUUAUCCAAAUUCGUGUAUUCUCUUUGUAUCUAUAAUUAAAAUUUUAAGACAUGUAUCAAAAUAUCCGCCGGUUCUUUAAUGUUGUUUCUCCUGCAUAGGGGAAAUAAAGUUAAUAUGUCGUAUGUUAUAUGCAUUUGUAUUUUAGAACUUUUUCUAACGAUUUACGGUUAGGUCUGGGUAUAAUAUCUGUAACCCGAAAUCCGAACCGAAAAACCCGAUCCGUAUCCGGUCCGAUGUAAAAAAUAUCCGAAUGGGUCUUGUAAGGUGGUACAAAACGUAUCCGAACCCGAAGUGUUAUUAACCGAACCCGAACGGGUAACCCGAAAAACCGAAAAAAUCGAAAAUCCGAAAAGAUAUCCAAAAAAACCGAUCCUAAUGUCCAAAAUAUAUACAAUAUAAUUAUAUGAAACAUGAAUAUAUACUUCAAAUAUUCAAUUUCAUAUUUAUUUUGAUAUGUUAUCUAACAAUGAGUAUUUAAAAUAUAAAUAACUACCUUAAAUACUUAAUUAUAUAUAAAUAAAUAUAUAUAUCUUAUGUUUUAUUUUUAAAUUUUAGAUUUUACUUCGGGUAUAUUCUAACCGAUCCAAUAUAACCCGAAUCCGAAUGAUAUAUGAUUACUUUAUGGAUUCUAUGAUGUGAUACAAAACCGACCCGAAUCCGAUGUGUUAUAUCCGAACCCGACCCGUACUUGCAAAUUUACUAGAAUGAGACCUAGGAGGUAUUAUAAAAAAGAACCAAAAUCCAAAAAACCCGACCCGAACGCCAACGGGUACCCGAACGCCCAUGCCUACUUACACUUAUAAUUUUAAAGUGGACGAUCCUUAAGACAUGUAUCAAAACAAAAGCAUUUGGUAACAUAUUACCUUCACAUUGUGGUGACAUAUAAAGCAACUCAAUUUUGCUGAUCAGCUGGUUGGAGAAGACGCUCAACCCUGAAAUUAGCUUAUCUUCUUGUUCAACAGGUUUAAACCUCAGUGAUGUAACCGAACCUGGAUAAGCCUCUUUGUUUUCCCACCAAAGUCUGUUGAGCAGAGUCUGAUACUUUCAUUUCUUCUUCAUCCUCCAAAUUAACCUCAAGGAUAGGUUCUGUAGACAUUCUACACAAACAUGUAACGGGGAUACAGAGGAGACUUCAGAUAAAAACGUAUAGUAAACCUUCAAGCCAUUGCCAUUUCCAGAGUCUAAUAGAAUAUAACUUUUAGGAUUUACUCGGUUUCCUAUAUCACUAAUGGACAUCUUCACGUACGAGCUCUGAUUAGUAUCUAAUCCAGAUGAAGUUUGAUUUGAUGUGAUAGGCUCCCUUUUUGACCCUAAAUCUUCCUGGCCACAAGGUAACUUCAACUGAUAUUUGAAGGAAGCUCCUCUAACCGGGCAGAUCGUAAACCGGUUUGGUUACUUGAAUAUUUAAUAGUGGGCUUGCUUAUAAAAUUUUAGUCCCAUCUUAUAUUUUGUAUAUGUAUGCUUUUAGAUCAUAAACCGGGUUGAUUUCCCAAACUUAAGCCCAUCAGGAGUGGGCCGAUAAUAAAACCCUAAACCCAUCAUAUAUUUUUAGUAUAUGUACGUGUGUUUGUCUCUAUAGUUCGCUUCGCCGUCUUCUUCAUCGUUGUCCUGUUUCGUUUCCUCUGAUUUUCAACUGCAAAAGCUUUUUCCUGAAAAUCUAUCUUGAAUUUUUGUUGUGGGCGAUGAUUAUAAAGAGAGAGGAUUGAGUGGGGAGUAUGAACAAAACUCUCAUGGGACUGGAGAAAACUAAACCCUGAUCGAAAUCGAUGGAGAAAAUAUAUUUUGUUUUUUCCCUUUUUCGAAUUUUAGGUUUUUUUUCUCUUCAUUCCUUACCCUCGAUGACGGUCCUUCCAAAUGUACACUUGAUAUGAGCCCUUUUAUAUAAUUUAUUUUCAUUGUAGCUGUUGUGGGUUCAGUGUUCUUAUUAGCACUGAUUCUCUCAACCAAAAAAAAACUUAAAACUAAACAAAACAUAAUGAUUUUCCUUUAAUUGAAUGAUAAUGAGUAAUUUACCUAUUAAGAGAUAAUAACAAAAGAAAAUCAAGGCACAUGUAAUUUCAGAUUCCACUAGUUACUAAUAGACUCAGAUAGAUAAGAUCAUGAGAGUACAUAAUUUACUGGGUUUAGUAUCCAUAUGAUUUGAAUAGAAUUUGCAAUUUGAAUCCUCAUUCCAAAUGUAUUAUUUUUUUCUCUUUUUUCAAAUGUAUUAUUUAUUGGGGAAAAAAAACUUAAUACAAUGUAUAUAAAUUUUGCAGGAAGGAUUAACAUAUUGAAAAGAAACACACACAAGCUUUUUAGUUACUAUAUGUAUAAGUGAAUGAUAACUAUAGUAUAAUGAAAUUAUUCGACAUUACAUACAUACUAAGAGCUGCGGGCUGGUUACCCAACAGCCACUUCAGGUUACAGUAAAGAAAAAUGAUAAAUA